ACACGACCACGACCACGACCACGACCAAGCAACAAAAUAUCUAUCACUUUGGAUCGCCUAAUGAGGCGCCUUGGGUGGGUCCUUGAGAAUUCAGAUCAAUGCAGCUUCGAACCAGUAUACAAUUCACGACCAAUCACUCUCUUGUGGCAAAAUUGAGUACGCCUGUCAAUGCUUCUAAGUUCGCCCCAACCCAACCAGGGGAGACACCUCGACCCUCUAGACUGGGGGGGGUCGCCACUGUCUGCAAUCCCGUCAACCAGUUCUUGGGGUCAAAGGUCCUUAUUUGCCACUGUUGCCUUAAUGCAACCCCUCCUCGGCUGCGGACUGCAUCAACGUUCAAUGGCGCCACAUGGGCCCUGGGUGGUGAGCGGCACCUGUUUCCAGCCACACGGUGUGUCUCGAACUCGUCUUCCCUAUCUUGACGACAUGCACAUUAUCUCUUCCGGUUAUCCCAUGCCUUUUCGGGCCAGUGUAGGACAUGACGCCGCUUCUCUCUUUUGGUUUCCUUCUCCUCCUCCGUCUUACCUCCAUUUUACCUUACCACUGAUCAACUAUACCCGGCAUGAGAACGCCCAAUAACCCCGGUUUAGUACUAGGU